AUGGCCCAAUUCAAGUGGCAGCCGCCUCCCCCCCGCCCUCCAGGGGGCCCCUUCCCAGGGCCCCCCCACUCCUCCUCCUUGCUGGGGCCGCCGCCGGGCCUGCUGACCCCCCCGGUGCCUCCCGAGCUGCUGCAGGGCACGCGGCACCUGCAGGUGGGCGAGAAGCAGCGCGUCUUCAUCGGGGUCGUCAGCAGCCUGCACGACUACUUCGGGGUGGUGGACGAGGAGGUCUUCUUCCAGCUCAGCGUGGUGAAGGGCCGGGUGCCACAAAUCGGCGAGAAGGUGCUGGUGAAAGCCGCCUACAGCCCCGGGCAGGCGGUGCCAUGGAAUGCGCUCAAGGUGCAGACGCUCUCCAACCAGCCUCUGCUGAAAGCCCCGGCCCCGCUCCUGCACGCGGCGUCCCUGGGGCAGAAGCAGGGCAUCCUCGGCGCCCAGCCGCAGCUGCUCUUCCAGUCUCACCGCGUCCCGCCGCUCUGCCCGCAGAAACCAGUGAACUUCUUCCCGUCGCCCCCGUCCAUUCCCCUGAGCCACCUGGGGAGGCAGCCGGGGCGAGGAGCGAGGGCCAGGAGCGACGCGGGCAGACGGGACGACUCGGACUCCAAGAAGAGGAAGCAGAAAGGUGCCGAGCCCUGGGCAGCAAAGAAACCACGCCACGACGUGCCGCAGUACCGCGUCCACCUGGCGCCCUACGCCCCGGACAGCCCCUCCUGCGAUGCCAUGGAGGUCCUGCGGCGCUACUGCAGCAUCCCGCUGCCCGGUGGCUUCUACGACAUCCGCCUGCGCUGGCUGGACGCCUUCCCCCUCGGGCAGCCCCUGAGCCUCCGGCACCGCAGCCGCAUCCUGGUGGCUGACCCCGACGAGGUGCCGGAGCCCCAGGUGGGUGCUGAGCAGGACCCCGCUCCCCACGACACCGAUUCUGCCUUCAGCGCCAAGGUGCUGCUGCUGUCCUCCCCGGGCCUGGAGGAGUUUUACCGUACCUGUCUGCUCUACGUCGGCGAGGCCGAUGAGCCAAGGGAGGCUCCCGAGCACCCGACGAAGCAGAUCAAGUUCCUGCUGGGGAGGAAGGAGGACGAAGCCGUGCUCAUCGGAGGGGAAUGGUCCCCGUCGCUGGACGGCCCUGACCCCGAGGCCGACCCCAUGGUGCUGGUCCGCACGGCCGUGCGCUGCGCCAGGGCGCAGGCGGGGCUGGACCUGAGCGGCUGCAGCAAGUGGGUGCGCUUUGCCGAGUUCAGGUACCUGCGGGAGGGCGAUGCGUCCCGCAGGGAGGUGGUGGUGGUUUUCCUGCCGGACGUCUGGGGCUGCAUGCCGUCCCUGGAGGAGUGGGAAGCCGCCGGCCAGCUCAGGGAGGAGAAGGGGAGCUCGCUGCCUCCGUCGCCGGAGGAGGACACCGCGACGGUGAGGCUGUGCCGUGGGUCGGGCUGUCAGGGCUGCAGCUCGGAUGUCCCAAAUUGUGGCUUUUCCUGUGAGCGGCCACAUUUUGGAAAAGGCGAGAGGCCUGCCCAGCUGGCAGCCUCCUCACUUCCACCUUUUUUUUUUUUAGCAGACGGAGACCCCCGAGCACGCGGGGAGGCCGCCUGCUCCAACAUCUCCCUCUACACCCUGCUGGAGUACCGGAGGCGGCGGGAGAAGCUCUCCUUCGAGGUGGCCGUGGUGGCCGAGCUCUUCCAGGAGAUGCUGCAGCGGGAUUUUGGCUACAAGCUCUACAAGGCGCUGCUGGCCCUGCCCGAGAAGGAGGAGCCGCUGGAGAACAAGAACCCGGAGGGAGAAAGGGAGCCUGAAACGGCGAGGGAGGUGGCUCCAGGGGCUGCCAGGGUGGAGGAGGCUGAGAAGCACCCUCCAAAAGAGGAAGCUGAGGAGCCCGUGGGCAAUGAGGUGGCUACGGCAGGCGGGGAGCAGGAGAGGGCUAAAAGCGAGGGCAGAGCAGAGCCCAAGGACUCCCCGGAUGAGCUGUGCGUGCUGAGCCUGGAAGGCAGCAUGCUUCUGCUCCCAGAGGAGGAAGAGGAGGAGUUGGGUGCCAAGCUGGAAGAGGCCGAGGUGCGCUCCGACGUCUCCAACCACUCGGAGCCGGAGCUCUCCUCCCCACAGGACGUGCCCAAGGAGCUGCACCCGAGCGCUGCCCUGCCCCUGGACGCCCUCCUGGCCUUCGUCUACUUCGACUUGAAUUUCUGUGGCUACCUCCACCGCAGGGACCUGGAGAGGAUCCUCCUGACGCUGGGGCUGCGCCUCUGCAAGGAGCAGGCGAAGCGCCUGGUGAACCGGGUGGUGACCCAGUCCCUGUGCCACUACCGAAACCUUCGCUACAGCCGCACAGCGAUCCCUGCGGGGAGCCUGCCUCGUGUCGUCCUUCUUCCAGGGAACCUUCCUCUGCUGCCUCCUGCCCCGACGGAGGUCCCCCCGUGUCCCAACGUGGGCCUGGUGUCCCAUGGGGGCACGGUGCUCAACGUGGGGAAGCUGCUGGAGAAGGCGGAGCAGGCGGAGAGCAGCCGGCUCUACCUGGAGGGCAAAAUCCAUGCGCUGGAGGCCAAGCUGGAGCAGAGCCAGCUGCGGGUGGCAGCCACUGAGGCGAGCAACCGGGCGCUGGCGGCGGAGCUGCGGGACCUCCAGCGGCGCCUGGACGAGGCGGAGGAGAGGGCGAGGGAGGCCGGGAGGCAGAAGCUGCGCCUGGGGAGGCUGCUGCAGGAGAGCAGAAAGCGCCUGGCCCCCCUGCAGCUGGAGCUCCAGGCCAUCCUCGAGAAGACCAGCUCCUGCUUAGAAGAGGAACCGGCCUCCUCCAGCUGACCCCACGCGUCC